AUGAAGUCAGUCCAGUUUUGCUUCCUUUUCUGUUGCUGGAAAGCAAUCUGCUGCCAAAGCUGUGAGCUAACCAACAUCACCAUUGCAGUGGAGAAAGAAGAGUGCCGUUUCUGCAUAAGCAUCAACACCACUUGGUGUGCAGGCUACUGCUACACCAGGGAUCUGGUAUAUAAGGACCCAGCCAGGACCAACAUCCAGAAAAUAUGCACGUUCAAGGAGCUAGUGUAUGAGACUGUGAGAGUGCCUGGCUGUGCUCACCACGCAGACUCCCUGUACACAUACCCAGUGGCCACCGAAUGUCACUGUGGCAAGUGUGACAGCGACAGCACGGACUGUACCGUGCAAGGGCUGGGGCCCAGCUACUGCUCCUUUAGUGAAAUGAAAGAAUAA